CGUUGCUCCAGAUGUCUGGUCGGGGCUUGAAAUAUAUAAGCGAAGAAAAUUGUACCUCAAACAGGUAGCUAGCUAACUUAACCUAGGUGUCUUACGUUACUUGACGUUUCGUUGUGAUGAAACCCGAAAACGAACGGGGGAUAAGAACGACAUCAGGCAUUUGGCUAGACACCCCCAUUCAGAGCGGCUUACGAGGUGCGGCUACCAGGACCCGUUGUACCAGCGCAGCAGGGGGGCAGUGAAGGACAUGGCCACGCCCUUCGUUCCCGUGCCUGUCCCAAUGGAGCGGGCGAGGUCCAGGGUUCGACGGGCCACGUCGCUGGGCAGCGUCUCCACCAGCUCGAGCUCCCCCUCCAGGGCCCCCGGGGACGAGACCAUCCCCGAAACGAGAGGGGGGUCCUCCCGGGCCUGUGCCACCCCGCCUUUGGAGUGCUUCAGCCCUGUGACCCGGACCAGGCUGAACGGGACCGCUCCGGCUGUGGAGUACUCUAACCGACCCCGUUCCCAUGACGACUCUUUGGACUCCGGCCGGCAGGAGCGUCCGAUCACCCCUACUCUCCUGGGGUACGAGGUCAUGGAGGAGCGCGCCAAAUUCACCGUGUAUAAGAUCCUGGUGAGGACGAGCCAGGAGGAGAGCUGGGUGGUGUUCCGCAGGUACACCGACUUCUCCAGGCUGAACGGCAAGCUGAAGGACAUGUUCCCAGGAUUCAGGUUCUCUUUGCCUCCCAAACGCUGGUUCAAGGACAACUAUGACACGGAGUUCCUGGAGGAGAGACAGCUGGGCCUGCAGGUUUUUCUCCAGAACCUGGUCGCACGCAAAGACAUAGCCACCAGCUUGCCAGUGAGGGAGUUCCUGUGUCUGGAUGACCCCCCGGGCCCCUUCGACAGUCUGGAGGAGAGUCGGGCCUUCUGUGAGACCCUGGAGGAGACAAACUACCGGCUGCAGAAGGAGCUGGUUGAGAAGCAGAGGGAGAUCGAGGAGCUGCGGAAGACCCUGGAGGAGAAGCACCUUCACAUUCACAUUCUGGAGAAAAGAGUCAAUGGAGACUCACUGAGCCCGGAGAGUUUGGAGAGCCCCUGCAGGCUGUCUGGGGUCGGUAGUGAGGGCAGCAUGGAUGCAGACAUAGAUGCAGAGUCCUCCACUGUGGAGGCCGACCAAGAAAUGGACCCAGAGAACAGCUGUGGUAACCAGGCGCCCGGGAAGGGUCACCUGAAGGGUCACGCCGCCUGCUGGUGUGGGCCAAUCGCCGGGAGCCCCCCGCCCGUCAUCCAGAUGACCCAGGAGCUGGAGGCGCGGCCAUCCCACUGACCACUCCCUUUCUCGACGUGCAGAAUACAGGAACGCAUAGAGAUCCUUCUCCACCCGUCUCCCCUCUUCCCCCUAUUUUUCUGCCCCCCCCCCCCCUCCCCAUUUCCCGUUCUUAUAGGAAUUUGGGUGCUUAUAGGACAGAGGGUCUUUCAGUACUUCUGUCUGUCAGGCCUAGCUUCACACGCUCAGGCUCAGACCAGCCUUUUACGGAUGGACAGAUCCGUUGACUGACACCAUGUCUCCACUGUAGCGGAGUAUAUAGUAGGACCCCCCGCAGAGGGAUGCAGAGUGGUUGGGUCCUGAUCAGGGCAUCUGAUUGGCUGAUUUUUCAUUUUUGUCCAGAAAUGGAAAACCCAUUGUCCACACUGCAGCUCCUUCACCACGUCUCUCUGGAAUGGAAGAGGCCGGGGAACAUUUUAAUUCUCUUUGGCUUCUGCUGAAAACCACCACGAGGGGGACCGAAAGAUCUCCCAAGCUGUGGAAUUCUGGGAGAAAAAAAAUCCCCUUUCUUGUACAGUGCUACUCACCUGUUACAACAAUCAAAGCAGAAUAGCUCAACUUUAGCUGCUAAUCGGUAGUACAGAGGCUGCCCACGCAAUAACAACGUUCUUUGUUGAGCUACAUGGUUAAGACAAAGGUCAAGGCUGUCGUACAUGGUGUGCGCUGAACCUGGGUCAAAUGCUUGCUUGGAAUACUUUAACUCUUAGGAUGCUGGUAACGUUUUAAAACAACAAUCUCUGCAGAUCCCUGAGGAUUUUGAAUGAAACACCGUUGUUUACCAAAAAUGUACAAUUCUACAAAAUCUCUGCAGCUUGAUGAAAAUAUACGUUUGAGAGCAAAAUCUUUUGAUCGGUUUGAAUGAGUCAUCAACUGAUUGACAUCUAGUUGUAGCCCCACCGAGUAUGGGGUUUCAGCCAGCCUUGUAAUCAGGGUUGUAUCUGAUAUCACAUCUUUGUUCUGUGGGCAGCACUUUUCUGAAAAAAAAGUUUUCACCCUCUAAAAUUUUGUAUAAAUUCACAAAGGGGUGAGAACUCUGUAAUGCGGUAGCACACAAGAACUGGUCCGUUUUCCCGCUCAAAUUAGACGAAUAUCCAAUGGCUUUUUCAGGUGCAAAUGCCAGGGCUGCUUUGAACUUUAAGGCUAUGUUUCCAAGGUAGAUAUACAGUACAUAAUGAAGUAAUGCAAUUGCAUUACAGAUAUACAGUUUACUCUCCAGUGAUGUGUGACCAAUGAAAGUGGAACUAAUGUACAUGCUGGUGAGCUAUUAAAGGGGUUUCGUUAUUAACGCUCUUGCGCUCUUGAUAAUAAGGGAGAUCAAGAUUGUGAGUUAUCAAGAAAGAUGUAGCUACGUUGCUCACUGCACAGGUUUGUUUUUUUAUUGUCUGUCCAAUUUUCCUUGAUUGUUUUCGAGGAACAUUUGAACAUCGUUCUGUGACCUUUAUGUUAUUUUUCAGGACGGACACAUUUUCAAUGGUUUAUGAGGACUGUAGGAAGUGCCUGCUCUGUGAACGACCGCAGUCUGGGAGGUGUCUGUGUACAGAGAGGGGGGGGGACCUCUGGGGUCCGAUCCCCACAGUCACUGUGUUUCAUAUUAAACACUCUAGAUGAAUGUGUCACCCCAUCACACAUCUGGUCCACUAGGGCUAGAUUGUGUCUUGUGUGUGUUAAUUACCUCACACUCACAUGUCUGAAUAGUGUAGUUUGCUCGCUUUCGCUAAACAAAUAACCCCUUUCUGCCUAAUGUUGCCACUCGCCCUGGAUGUGUGUGUGUGUGUAUGUGUGUGCGCGUGUGCGUGUGCGUGUGCGUACGUGUGUGCUUGCAUGCUGGAUAAAGUCCCUUGGUGCACUUUAAAUAUGUACGCAGUUGUGUUUCAUGUAUUUUUCCUUUGUGUUGUUUUUGUGUGCGCGCAUGUGUUGAGUUGUGUCGCCCUCUGGGUAAGGCUGUCAUUAUUACUUUAACAGAAUCAGCUUCAUUUGAAGUAGAGUGCCUUAAGACGUGUCCAUGUUUGCAGCUGUAAAUCAAUGUACGCCUAGUUUGUAUUGCGCUUGUUAAUCCCACAGGAUCGCAGUCGAAGUGCCUUUCUUUUAAUGAAACAUACUUAUCUUUAGGUUUUCUUUCUUUUUGUUUGAGGUAACUUACUUAAGGCAGAAUCCACUUUGAAGACCAUGCUCUUGUGGUAUAUUAUGAAAGUGUUUUCCCCCCAUAGAGAACAAAGGACGAUACCACACGCUACCUUAAUGUUGGGUGCCAUUAAUUCAUGUCCUGUGAACUUACAAACUUUUCGGCACCUCUUUGAGUGUUGUGAAACCUUGUCAAACCUGUGGCCAUUUUGUGCCAUCUGCUUGCAGUAAAGCCGUCCGAAACACACUUAAGGUUUCUGGAUGUGUCAGGGCUGUGUAAACCUGCUAUCGAGGCCUGUUUCCAUCUGCUGUACAAAGAGUGCUGUUAAACUGUCAGAAAUAUUAACUGCCCCACCCAGCUUGUUUUUUAAGAUGUUUUUUUGAGGAAAUGACCGAUGGGCUGUGUGUGAUUUAGAUUCCCCAAAGACCAGUGAAUUGGGUCCAUUGCUUAAGUGUUGUUUGAAAAUGCAGUGUGUAGCCUAGUGUGCCCGAGAUAGGAUGUAAACAGCAGUGAUACAGGAUGCUUAUAGGACACAGAUAGGACAAACGCUGGAAAGUGGCUCCAGGUAACUUCUGUCUCUUUUGGGUGAUCCAGGGUCAGCCCCUGUAAACCCCUUAUGGAUACCCUAGCAGUUUUGUUUGAAUAUUUAGCACAGAUCUGGGGUCAGCGAGUCUGCCCAUACCCUCCUGUGGAUGAUGGGGUGUCUUGCGGUUUCACACAAGCUUCGACCCUUUCUGAGUGAAAAGAUGAGGUCAUCUUUAUUUCUCUUUUCAUAUGUUACUGUCUUUUUCUGUCUUUUUUUUUUUUUGGUUAGGUAUUGGUGUAACUUUUUCACAAUCUUAAGUGUCAGGGCUCUGAUGACUCUUAAUACUGGACUGAAUCUUUUUAAUAAACAAUCUGACCUUUCUCACGGAAA